CUAUGACAGAAUAAAUUCAAGAAAACAUGGCUAACACCUUUCCCUUGUUCCUACGCUCACUUUGCUUAUUUCCUCUGUUCUUCUUGGCAAACUGCUCAAGCCCCCUUGCCCCUGCCUUAUACGUAUUUGGAGAUUCUCUUGUAGAUAGUGGAAAUAAUAAUUUCCUUAAUACAACUGUAAAAGCAAAUUACAAACCAUAUGGCAUAGACUUUGCAGCUGGUCCAACAGGAAGAUUCACUAAUGGCAACACUUUUGCAGAUUUUUUAGCUCAAUAUCUUGGGUUACCCUUUGUUCCUCCAUACUUGGGCCUUUCAAAGGCAGAAAAGAGUAAAACAAUUACUGGAAUGAAUUAUGCAUCAGGAUCAGCUGGAAUCCUCCAAGAAUCAGGAAAAACAUAUGGAACGAAUUUACCAUUGAAGGAACAGAUUGAAUUUUUCCAAAAGACUGUUGACCAUUACUUGCCAAAGAACUUUGAAACCAAUGAUGAGCUUUCACAGUACUUGUCCAAGUCCAUUUUUGGGGUAGAGAUAGGCAACAAUGACUAUUUUGCAAACUAUCUCCAACCUGCAUAUUACAAUAGUAGUUACCUAUACAACCCGAUGCAAUUUUCCGGUCUCCUCUUGAAAGAACUCAAACAACAUUUACAGGAUCUUUAUAAUUUGGGAGCCAGGAAGUUUGUGGUAUUCAAUAUCAUGGCUCUUGGGUGUACACCAGCAGAAUUAUACAUCAAAAACCUUACAAGUGGAUGUGCUGAGGAUGUAAAUCAGAUAGUAUCCCUCUACAAUGAAGGUCUUCCGGAUAUGUUACAAGAACUGAAUGCAAGCCUCCAGUGUUCAACUUUUGUUCUAGGAGACAUUUAUGGAUUCAUUUAUGACUUGAGUCAAAACCCUUAUAAAUAUGGGUUCACAGAUAGAGGCCCAUGUUGUGUUAUAGACUAUUCAACUUAUCUUUGCCAAGAAGAUGUCACACCUUGUGUAAAUAGGACUUCAAAUAUCUUCUGGGAUACAGGACAUCGAUCACAACAAACAAACUUGUUGCUUGCGACCGAUUGCUUUAGUGGUACUACCCAGUGUACUCCACUAAACAUUCUGCAACUCAUGCAAAAAUAAUAAG